AUGGUGUUUCAGGAGAAGCCUCAGAUUCUGCAACAUCUGCAGAAGAGCCUCAACUUCACGAUCUAUGACACCAGGUGGGUCCCCAACAGCGCUCGGCUGGUGGCGAUUGGAGCAUGUCCGAGGGGAACCGGUUGCAUCCAGGUGUAUGAGCUGAAGGGUCCUGAUCUGAAGCUUUCAAAGGAGGUGGAAAGACCCAGCAGCUUCAGAUGCGCGGCCUUCGGUGCCAGCAGCCUUGCAGACCGCCACCUGGCCACUGGCAACCACAAAGGUGGUUUGGAGUUGUGGGAUCUGGAGCGAUUGCAGGAGCCGGUCUACAGCGCGCAGGCAAACAGCGAGAUGAUCUACUCUGUCGACGCAUGCGGCGGCCAGGCGUCAGGUCAGGGCCCCCCCGAAGUGGUGACAGGCGGCAGUGACGGCGCAGUGAGAGUGUGGGACGUGCGCCAGCCGGACUCACCCGUCGCAGCGUUCCCUUCUGAGGCCACCGGCCCUGACAAGGCGCCAGAGUGCUUGAGCGUGGCAUUUGGCAAUGCCUUCAGCAAUGAUGAGCGCUGCAUGCUGGCAGGCUACAGCAAUGGGGACAUCAGGCUGUUUGACCUGCGCACUGGGACGGAGCGGUGGAAGGAGGCAGCGCCAAAGGGUGUUUGCAGCGUGCGCUUUGACAGGCGGGACAUCCCGAUGAACAAGAUGCUGACAGCCGGGCUUGACGGCCACUUCAGAGUCUUCGAUGCCCGCACCCAGCACCCUGAUCAGGGGUUUGCAGGGGUGAGCGGGCAAGUAAGGAAGGGAGUAACACUGUGGGCGGUGGCGCCGCUGCCGCAGAACCGGGAGAUCUGGGCAACGGCCACCGGCGACGGCAGCCUGCACCUGCACCAGUACCACUACCCAGACCAGCGGAGCGUGAAGGACGGCCAGGGCCGGGAGGUUGGAGUUGCGGGGACUGUGCGCGAGCUGGCGCAGGCAUCGCUGUCCUCGCAGCCACUAUCGUGCUUUGACUGGUGCGCCGAUCGCCCUGGGCUGUUCUGCUGCGGAGCGCUGGACCAGUGCCUGCGCGUGGGCAUCGUCACAGGGCUGCCUGCUUAG